CCCGGCCUAACCAAACGGAAUCAGGGGGUGGAGGAGAGCGACACUGCCUGAAAACUCCCCGUUACUGGCGUCGGGAGGCCGGGUACAGAAGCUGGGUUUCCCUCAGGGGUCUGGGGACAUGGCCCGAAGGGCCCUCAAGCUCGCUUCAUGGACCAGCAUGGCGCUUGCUGCCUCUGGCUUCUACCUCUACAGUAACAAGUACUUGGACCCUAAUGACUUCGGCGCUGUCAGGGUGGGCAGAGCAGUUGCUACGACAGCUGUCAUCAGUUACGACUAUCUCACCUCCUUGAGGAGUGUCCCCUAUGGCUCAGAGGAGUACUCACAGCUUCAGUCUGAGGUGCACCUCCGUUCUGCCAGGCGUCUCUGUGAACUCUGCUGCGCCAACCGAGGCACCUUCAUCAAGGUGGGCCAGCACCUGGCGGCGCUGGAGUACCUGCUGCCCCAGGAGUACACCAGCACGCUGAAGGUGCUGCACAGCCAGGCCCCGCAGAGCAGCAUGCAAGAGGUCCGCCAGGUCAUCCGCGAGGACCUGGGCAAAGAGAUCCCUGAUUUGUUCGUGAGCUUUGAUGAAACCCCUCUGGGGGCUGCCUCCCUGGCACAGGUCCAUAAGGCGGUGCUGCAUGACGGUCGGACGGUGGCCGUGAAGGUCCAGCACCCAAAGGUACAGACGCAGAGCUCGAAGGACAUUCUCCUGAUGGAGAUGCUCCUUCUGGCCGUCAAGCAGCUGUUUCCAGAGUUCGAGUUCAUGUGGCUGGUGGAUGAAGCCAAGAAGAACCUGCCCUUGGAGCUGGAUUUCCUCAACGAAGGGAGGAAUGCGGAGAAGGUGGCCCAAAUGCUCAAGCAGUUUGACUUCCUAAAGGUCCCCCAAAUCUACUGGGAGCUGUCCACGAAGCGGGUCCUCCUGAUGGAGUUUGUGGAUGGUGGGCAGGUCAAUGACCGAAACUACAUGGAGAGAAACAAGAUUGACGUCAACCAGAUCUCUCGCCACCUGGGCAAGAUGUACAGUGAGAUGAUCUUUGUCAAUGGCUUCGUGCACUGCGACCCCCACCCGGGCAACGUGCUGGUGCGGAAGCAGCCAGGCACUGGAAAGGCAGAGAUUAUCCUGUUGGACCAUGGGCUCUACCAGGUGCUCACGGAAGAGUUCCGCCUGGAUUACUGCCACCUCUGGCAGUCGCUGAUCUGGACGGACAUGAAGAGGGUGAAGAAGUACAGCCAGCGCCUGGGAGCUGGCGAUCUCUACCCGUUGUUUGCCUGCAUGCUGACCGCCCGCUCGUGGAACUCGGUCAACAGGGGCAUCAGCCAAGCCCCAGUCACUGCCACUGAGGACUCAGAGAUCCGCAACAACGCAGCCAACUACCUCCCCCAGAUCAGCCAGCUCCUCAACCACGUGCCACGCCAGAUGCUGCUCAUCUUCAAGACCAACGACCUGCUGCGCGGCAUCGAGGCCGCCCUGGGCACCCGCGCCAGCGCCAGCUCCUUCCUCAACAUGUCACGUUGCUGCGUCAGAGCGCUGGCCACGCACAACAGGAAGACUACCUGUUCGUUCUUCAGAAGGACCCAGAUCUCCUUCAGCGAGGCCUUUAGCUUAUGGCAGAUCGACCUCCACGAACUCAUUCUGCGGGUGAAGGCGCUAAGGCUGACCAGCUGGGUCUUGGCCCUGCUUUGCAGGCUGUUGCCUGCUCCACACUGAGUGGACCUCCUGCCCCCUGCCAUUUUUCGGUGGGCUCUGUAGUGGCAAGGGGUCUUUUCACUCAUUCUUUCGGCACGUCUCUACCAGUUGCCCUGUUUCUGCCACGGGGUGGCCUGGAGCCCGUGGUCACUGCCCAGGGCACCGUCCUGCUCCGCCUCUGGAAUUCCUGCCCCGCGCUGCAGCCCCUGUCUCGGGGCCCACACGCUGAACCGUGUCAUAGGUUUCUGUCCUUAUGGAGGGCGAUGGCCCGCAGUCUGCUGUCCCACUCCCUGCAGGUGCCACUGGAUUAGAUGUCCUCUCACUCCCAUGAGCCCCUCCCGAGUCAGGAUGGACCACGAGUCCCACUGGGGGCUCAUUUAACUUGCAGGCAGUUUGAUUUUGUUGGAGGGGAGCGUGGUCUCUGAGCUUGCUGGGGAGCAGGUCCCCUCCCCUUGCCCCGCCACGCCCCAGAGGUGUCGCCCCUUAGCGCGAGUCUCUGCUGCAGCUGUGAGUUCACUGCUGUCACGGGGACCCCUUUGGUGUCUUAUGUGCUGUGUUCGGUGAGACCCCUCAGGGUUGCAGGGCAGCUCUCAGUCGGUGGGAUUUUUAUUCCAGGCUGGGCGUGAAUCCGCUUUGGCUGUUGGCCGUCGGGUAGGAGUGGCCCCGGACACCACAUGCCGUUGUGUCCUGCUUGGCUUUUUGCUUCUGUGUUUCUCCAGCCUGCCCCUGUGGGGCCACUUCCAGCUUCUGGUAGGUUUCUCUCAUCUUCCAAGACUUAGACCUUGCUUGCUGUUGUUCAGAAGCCCAAGGCCAGAACCCAGAGGCUCAGCAGAAACCUCAGACUUUGGUUCUCCUGGGUUCUCACCUAAUUCCCAGUGACCUGGCACCUGCCUUGUCCUACUAAUUGCUUCCCGACCUAGCCCUUUGGUUCAUCAUCCGAUGGCCGCUGUGCUGGAGACUGGAGACUGAACCUCACUUACUGUGGCUAGGGUUCCACUCGGAAACCUCCCUGUCACCUGUCCAGACUCUGCUGCACCUUUUUGCCUGCUGCCAGCCUGCCCCCUCCCAGCACGGUCGUCUGCACCUGUUUCUGGGACACCCCAGGCUCCGGCUGUAACUCCCGGGCCUGUACGGUCUCCUGGGGCUGCUGGGUUGAAGUCCCCCAACUUCUGUUAACCCUCCCUUUGUUAACUAGUAGGAAGUCUGAGUUUGUUGGAGGGGAGCAUGGCCUCUGAGCUUGCUGGAGAACAGGCCCCCUCUCCUUGCCGGCCACUCCCCAGAGCUGUCAGCCCCCAGAUUUGGGAGGUCCUGGCUUUCCCUGAGCACAGCUGCUCUCAGACAAUGAUUACAUUUGAGUCUCUCUGAUCCCAUUCUACCCGAUUCAUGGGGCGGAAAACCCCCAAGUUUUAGCCUAAUUUCUGUUCUCAUUAAUCCUAGUACAAUGAGUAGAUUUUCCACGGACCAGAGACGAUUUGCAAUCCCUUUAUUUCCUGAAAGAAUUAAUUGUUCUUAGUGACCAUUUGGAUGUACCUAGGCACCUGAGAGAAUAAUUUGCAAGAUCUGAUAUUAAUCAUGAGGAUGCACACUGUGCGUUAUAUUUUAUGGUGUCUUUUGUAGUUACUGGAGUAAAUAUAAAUGUCCUUUUCUUCAAGGUAAUGGUUACUUGCUUUUCACUUCUGGUUUAAUGGCUGGUUUCCUGCCGGCCUGGGAUGUGGAACAGCAGCGCGCUGCCAGUGGGCCCCAGCACCCAGAACAGAUAUCCGGGGAGUGGGGAGGGACCGGGAGAGUUUGGGUGCAGGGCGGUUUGAAAGUAGGAGAGGAGUAGGCUGAUGACUGUUGAGUGCCUCCCGCAUGUGCGAGAACAGGCUGGGCUCUUCGUAAGUAAAUUCUGUCAUUGGUUUGUCCCAUCAGCUCUGUGAGGGGUCAUUAGCCUCCUCUUCAGAGAUGGGAGCCACGGCUCAGAGAGGUUUAGUAAUUUGCCUGAAGCCACACAGCUGCCUCAGUUUUUAUCCCAUAGUGCUGUGACAUGGGUUGUGCCGCUUGUUCUUUGGGCUGUCAUAUGCGCCUGCACUGGGUCUGAAACACCGUGAUUUUGCAGGCAGUUGGAUUUUCAGUGGGAAUGGAGGAGCGGAUGGGUAACGGAGACAGAAAGUCUUGGAAAAUGCAGGCUGAGUCCAGCAGGUUCCCCGGGGCCCAAGGCAGCAUGGACCUGGACUACUACACUCUGCAGUGCAAAUCUGACACCGACCACUCAGCGCUGGUGCAGACCCCACUGGCUUAAGGUCACGGUUCCCCCUGAGACUGCUGUCACUUCACACACAGCUGCAGGUUUGGGGGUCCCCAGGCCACCCGCGGUUCUGACCAAUUGACUAUGAAUUUGGAGGCUCCCCUAACCCCUUCAGAUUUAGUCAUUUCCUAGAAUGACUCAGAAUUCAGAAAGUCACUGUAUUUGUGAAUACAGUUUUAUUGUAAAGGAUACCAAUCAGCACCAGCCAAACGGCAUCAGGCGAGGCCUGGGCGGCCCCUGAGUGCAGGGCUCCCGAGUCCUCACCUGUAGAAUCGGGACACACCCCCUCUCGGUGCAGCAGCGUGCUCACGGAGCUUCAUGUUCAGCUUUUGUCAGGGCUUCGUUACACAGGCAUGACUGAUGAGUCACUGACCACAUGCUCGCACUUGAACUCCAGCCCCCACCUGUUCCCAGGUAGAUGGGGCUGGCGUAGCCCCCAUCCUGAGUCACCUAGAGGAACUCAGGUGCAAUCCAAGGGGCACAAUGUGAAUAUCAAAGACACUCCUGUCGCUGGGAAAUUCCAGGGAGUCAGAGGUUUUCUCCCAGGAGCCAGGGACAAAGGCCAGACAAAUUCUUCAUCCGAUAGCAAUCACUCUGGUGUCUUUUCAUCCUGUGCCCUUGGCCUGAAAUGCGUCUUUACUGUCCGACUGCUGACCCCUGCCUUCUGCUUGGCCUGGGUGGAGGCGUCUCUGGAGCUCAGAGCUGCAGGAGGUCGUCUCUCCGGCUGUCUGCUCUGCGGUUCACAGAGAGCUCCUGUGGACCUCUGCGUGGGACCUUUGUCCUGCUUUUUCCUCUGUCCUGUGGGACUUGCCGUGAACUCAUUUGGGUUUGGAGCUUUGCGGUCAGUUCUGCGACUUGUUUCUCCCAGCACUGCCAGGGUGUCAGGAGGGCACCACAAACUUACUUUGAAGAGUGCUUUCUCUUUCAACACUUGGAUACUUAGUCACCUUAGGUUGGCUUCUUUCGUUGGGGCAGCACGGCUCUUUCCCUUCCCUUCCGCUCCUCAGGUGGAGGAGAGAGGCCUUCUAACUCUGCGUCCAUUGGGUGGAGUGCCCUCAGGUAUGUUCCCAGCCAACAGUAAGUGCAAAUGUCCUGGCUUGUAGGAAGUGCUCGAUAAACAUGCAGAUAUUUAGGAUCUUGGAAUACUUUGUUUGCAGGGAUGUUGACAUCUGUGUGUUAAAGAAGCUUCCCAUGCCACUCAUCCUCCAUGAGGAAUGCUGCCUUGUUUGGUUGCCGGGUUCAUUUCCUCAGAGCCGGGGCAUUGCAGGUGGCACUUUCAGCAUGACAGGCUCCCUAGGGUCCUCCUGCCACAGCUGCAGGGCUUUGAGAAUGCAAGUGUCUAAUGCCAUCUCAGAAAACAAAAGCGGUUCCAACAGGCCCUGGAGCAGAUCCUCAGGGGCAGGACCGGCUGAGAGGUGUGGAAUGACCCACAGUGCUAGCAAAUGGGAGGCGUUGCAUAGAGCCACACCAAGUGACACUUGGGUCUUAAGUGGUCUUAAGGGUGCAGCCACGAGGAGCUGGGGGCUAAGUAGGAAACUGGUCAGGGGGCAGUUCUUCACAGAAGGGGUAAAGCCGCAGCGAGGGGCGUGUUCCUUGCAGCCUGGCCUAUUGGAGCCUCGAUGUUUGCAGGGCUGGAUGGGGCACCUGUAUUUAACAAGAGGCCUGGAGUGCCAGAGGUGACCAGGUGCCGCUGCUACAGGCAGCUGGCCACAGGGGAACUGUGGAAGGCUCACUCCCCUAAGCCUUCUGACUGCAAACAUUUUGGUAAGAGCCCAUUCGUUCAAAAAGGCUCUGCUCUCACCUCCUUUCCUUCCGCCCUCCCCCACCCCGUCCUUCCCGUUAUGAAGCUGCACGGACUAGCUUGGCUUUCUCUCCUUUUCUGAAGGAAGGAUGAGGUCAGCCCUCAGCAGAGUAAAAAUUAAACCUUAGACUGGGCUGCGAUGUCCAUUUCCCCGCGCCGAGCGCCUCCUGGCCUGGUUUCCUUGGAGCGUGCCUCAGCGCCCGCCAGCAGCUCACUUCCCCCCGCAGCCAGGUCACCGCGCUCCGCUCCCGGGCAGCCCCGCCUGCCCAGGGCACAAAGCACUCUUUCUGCUGAGUUCUGCCUCUGGCUUAAUAGUGGCGGAGCUCCUGUGAUGUUUUCUUCCUGUGUUUUCCUCUCCCAGGUGUGAGAGGAAGGCCAGGCCGGUGAAGCGGUGCAGUGAUGGGUGCAAGCCCCUGACUGCUGCCGUUUCAGCUCCCAUUUCCUCAUCUCUCCCUGCGCUUUCAUUCUAGAGCAGCGCCUCUCAGACUCACGUGGAAAGGAGUAAGCUGGACUCCCAUUAAAACACAGAUUCUGACUUAGCAGGUCUGGGUGGGGCUGAAUGCCUGCAUUUCAAACAAGCUCCUCGGGGGCUGCUGAUGCUGGCAGUCAGAGGACCACAAGGAGUUGCAAGGAUCCAGAUCAGUGGUCCCAGGACUGGCAGCAUCAGCAUAACCUGGGAGGGUGUUAGAGAUGUAGAUUCUCAGACUCCGCUCUGGAAGUCCUGAACAGAAACUCAGGUGGGCCCAGCAACAUUUCAGUAAACCCUCCAGGGGAUGUUGAUGCACACACGGUUGGAAACCCUGGUCUCUGGUUCUUAACCCUGCCGGCACGCCGGGAUCACCAGGAGAGCUGCUCAUGCCCAAGAUUCUGAUUUAUCGUACUUCUCCCUCAUUGGUGGUUUUGCUUUCCACAGUUUUGGUUACACGUGAGCAGUCUUGGUCUGAAGAUAUUAAACAGAAAAUUCCAAAAAUUAACAAUUUACAAGUUUUAAAAUGUGUGCCAUUCUGAAAUCUUGUGUCGUCCUGCUCUGUGCUGCUGGGAUGGGCAUCAUCCCUUUUCCAGGAGGCCCAUGCUCCAUCUGCUAUCUGCCCUUAGUCACGUAGUAGCAUUUUUGGUUGUCAGAUGGUUAGCAGAGGGAGGGAGAGAGAGAAGGAGGUAGAGGGGGGCAGGCCACAUUCACAUAACCUUUGUUACAGCAUAUUGUUAUAAUUGUUCUAUUUUAUUAUUCUUGUUGUUAAUCUCUUACCAUGCUUGAUUUGUAAAUUAGUUUUAUUGUAGGUAUGUGUGUAGAGGAAAACACAUUGUAUAUGUAGGAAUUAAUACUAUUUGCUGUUUCAGGAAUCCACUGUGGGUCUUGGAUAUAAGGGAGAGCUACAGUUGUAACUGGUUUGAAUAAGGGCCAGGAAUUUAAAAAAAAAAUAUGAAUUGGUCCCAUCAAGGAUGCUGUAUUCCACUGAGUUGUCAUGUCUGCUUAGUCUGCUGUGCUCUUUGACAAUUCCUCAGACUACCUUUGUUUCCCAUGACCUUGAAAGACCAUGACCUUGAAAGACCAUGACCAUUGGAAGAGUACGAGUGAGGUAUUUUGUAGAACAUCUCUCAGUUUUGGUUUGUCUGAUGUUUUUUCUGGUCAGACUGGGGCUAUGUGUUGGGGAGGAACACCACAGGGGUGAAGCACCCCUUGUUUCAUGUCAUAUUUGGGGAAACACUGACAUGACUUACUUGUUCUUUAAAGCUCUCCAGCAGGGUUGGAAUCCCUGCUUUAUGUCCACAUACCUGCCAUGUGUCUUCUGGAGAAGGAAGGAAUGCAGUUUGUGAACUCUUCCAUGUGUGGGCUUUGGUGUACCCUCUUUGCAAUUAAGGAGGCCUGGCUAUUUUCAAAUUAAAAGGCUCCCAGGAAACUACAAAAUGCAGAUAUGCCAAUGCAAGGU